AUGAGUGAUAAACCUGAUGAGCCAAGAAGAUCACAACGUCUGGCUGCUCUUCAGCAGAAGCAGCAGAACGAAGCACUUCCCAUAAGAGCUAAGUCACCUGAACAGCCCGUAAGAGCUAAGUCACCUGAACAGCCCGAAGAGAACUCUGUUGAUAACGAAGAAACCAAUCCAAGAUUUUGGUUAAUGAAGUCGAACAGAGGUAUUGCUGCAAGCAUGAGAGAGGGGAAACCUCGAAAAACGCUUUCGAUGCAAGAACUUGUGACGAGACCUGAAUCAGCAGUGAAGCGAAGGAAGAUCAAUGAUUCAACGGAUAGUGAAGACGAGAUCUAG